AUGCAACUCUUCACUUUCCUCAUCGCCGCCGCGCCCGCACUCACUUCCUUCGUCUCGGCCUCGGCGCUGACCGCGGACGAGACGGCCGUUGAGAAGCGCAACCUCUACAAGUACUGCUGCAACGGCAAGCUUUGGAAGCGUGACGAUGCCGAGUCGCUCGAAAAGCGUACCUUCUGCCUUCGCAAGCGAAACCUCUGGAUCUACAAAUGCCCGGCAACGCCGCCGUGCAACCCUCUCACCUGCCCGAAACCUCCUAACUCGCUGCCGCUCUGCACCGACAACCAGUGCGACUUCAAGUGCCUCGGCGGCACCAUCAAGGUCGGCUCUUCCUGCGUGAAGCGGUGAGUAUUUUUUUUGCGUCUCGGCGUCUGCUCCCCUUCAAGGGCAUGAUGGCUGAUGCUGUGGUGCGCGCGGUUUGCAUUUUCACCCCCCUUGUCCAGCUGCUCGCUGAAGUCGUGCCCGGCCGUCGCCAACGCUACUCCGGUGUGCAAGGACGACCAAUCGUGCGAUUUCAACUGCAACUCGGGCUUCAACGAGGUCGACGGCAAAUGCGUUCCCGCCUGUGACCCCACCAAGUGCCCCGUCGUCGCCAACGCCACUCCGGUGUGCAACGACGACCAAUCUUGCGACUUCAACUGCAACUCGGGCUUCAACGAGGUCGACGGCAAGUGCGUUCCUAAUUGCGACCCCACCAAGUGCCCCGUCGUCGCCAACUCGCAGUCGAUCUGCACGAGCUCUGGUGACUGCGACUUCAACUGCAACUCGGGCUUCAGCGAGGUCAAUGGCAAGUGCGUCCCCGAUACCCCUACUUGCGAUGUCACCAAGUGCCCCAACUGCCCCAACGGCAACGGCACCCCUAUCUGCAACAGCGCUGGCAAGUGCGACUUGAAGUGCAACCCUGGUUACAAGAACGUCGACGGCAGCUGUGUGCCUAUUCCGUAAGUCUUUCGUUGACAUCUUCCUUUGACGCUCUGGUAGCUGUUCCCGCUGCGGUGAAACUGACCUCUGCGAUUGCUCGUCCGUUUACGCAGCGCCACCUGCACGAAGAAAUCGGUCGCUUUCUACGACAACUUCCAGUCGACGGCGGACGGCGAUUCGGCCGUCACGGUCGCCUCGAUCGAUGCCUGCGCCGCCUACUGCAUGACCAAGAACUGCGCCUCGUUCGACUUCUGGGAUGGCAACCAGUGCGGUAUCCAGAUUGGUGGUGGUGGAUUCGAUGGCUUCCAGUACUCGCCCGGAGUCGUCCACGGUGUUCCCGGCCAAUGCUCCGACUACACCAACAAGUGCCCCGAGAAGGUCGCCGUCAAGGCUUGCUACAACAAGUCGGUCUGGUAAGUUGAGCUCCGUAUAUUCCACUCGUCUCCCCCUUGAAACCUUGAAGUCUGACUUUAUUCGCUCGUCUGCACGCUUACAGCCCGUCGACCUCGGCGCGUCUCCGCCGCUCUCACCCGGCCCGCGAGCACUGA